UGUUCUAUGACAUAAAAAAUACAUUAAUGAGAGCUAACUUAAUCUUUGAUAUUUUAUGAAUAAGUCAUUUUUGCAACACCCUGGUUGCAUUUCAGUGGAAGGAUAAUAUACGUAGAAGUUUUGAUGGAUGCUUUCGGCCAGUAACCUUAAACUUGAGAGAUUUGAAACAUCACUUCAAAGAUAUUAAGGGAUUUGCCAGCAGAAAUUUACGUCAGUGUGUGAUACACAAGUUCCAUCCACCAGCGAAGAACAUGGGUUCUUCUGCCAGCAAAUUUUUGAGGCGUAAAAAGAAAGAAGAGAGUAAACCAAACACAGAAAAAAGUAGCAACGGAGAAGAGAAUAACGACUCGUCAAACGCCGAGGAUUUGACUGGAAAUGAAUUUGAAUCUACAGCAGAAAACGAGAAAGAAGAAGAAGUUGAAAACAAUCACAAAGAUACAAGUAAUAAAAGCCGGAAAUUCUCACAAGAAGAAGUGGAGAAAAACAACGAGUGUGAAGAAGAUGAAAUUAAAGAAGAUACAACGAAAAAUGAAGAUUUGAAAGAUGAAAAAGAACAAGAGACCAUAGAUGAUGAAAAAGACUUUGGUGAAGAACAUAAAGACCUUGGCGAAGAAUAUAAAGAAGAAAAGGAUAUUGAGAAAAAUGAAGAUUUAGAUGAAGAUGGUCAACCUGAUGAGGAAUAUACGACUUGGGAUGGCAAAACAAUCAAAACAAAAUAUUCAGGAAAAGAACUUAAAGCUUUAAGAGGAAAUAUGCUCAUCGAGUAUCCAGAAAAUAUUCAAAUUGUUCGCAUUUUUACAAGCUCGACAUUUACAGAUACCUCAGUUGAGCGCAAUACUUUAAUGGAGUCUGUGUAUCCUAAAUUAAAAGUAUUUUGUCAAAAGAAAGGUUAUGAGUUUCAAGUUGUUGAUAUGAGAUGGGGAGUUCGCGAUGAGGCUACAGAUGAUCACAUGACUACUGAAUUAUGUAUGAAAGAGCUUUACGCAUGUCAGAAAAUAUCUACUGGUCCAAAUUUUAUCACGUUUCUUGGUCAAAAAUAUGGUUAUCGACCAUAUCCUGCCAAAAUUGAGCAAAUUGAGUUUGAGCAAUUAUUGAGCGCUGUCGAGAAGAGAACAGAAAAAGAAACGUUGGAAAGGUGGUUUAAACUUGACACAAACGCAACACCACACGAAUAUAUUUUACAACCUGUGACAUCUUUGUUACCCAAUUAUCGAAAUAAAGAAAAUGAAAAAUUGAGAAGAGAAGCAUCCUCUGAAUGGUGGUCUAAUUUUGAAACCAUGCAAAUUGCGUUGAGAAAAGCUGCCAUUAAAACACUCAACGACAAUCAGCGAAUGAAAUAUAUCAUAUCAGUGACAGAGGAUGAGAUCAGACGAGGAAUUAUAAAUACGACCUCUCCUGGGGAACAUUGCUAUUGGUUCAAAAGGGUUAUUGGUGAUAUCAACAUUGAAGACAAAAAAUCUGGUUUCUUUGUUGACAAGAUCUAUGGAAAGGAUGAACUUGAUAUUGAAGCACAGCAAAAUUUAAACAAUCUGAGAGAAGUUGACUUACCCAAUGUUUUGCCUGAAGGAAACAUUAGUGCUUACAACAUUAAAUGGAGUAAAAGUGGAAUAAAUCCAUCACAAGAUACGUCACAUGACAAUUACAUAAAUAAUCUCUGUGAUGAUUUCUAUUCUGUUUUGACUGCGAUGAUUCAAUGUGCAAUUGACAAAAAGAAAAGCAAAGAGAGUCGAAAGGAAGAUAUAUUUGACGAAGUAUUUCAACAUGCUCGAUUUUGCCAGAAGAAAUGUGAAUCUUUCUAUGGUAGAGAUGUUUUCUUGCAAGAUAUUGAAAAUGAAGUCAGAAAUGGUUCAAAGAUUUUAAUUUUUCAUGGAGAAUCUGGUUGUGGUAAAACAUCUGUUAUGGCUAAACUGGCGUCUUCAAUAAAGCAAUGGAUUGGCGAUCCUAAAGCAAUAUUGGUUUUAAGAUUUAUCGGAACUACAACAAAUUCCUUUGCAAUCAGAAACUUGUUGAAAAGCAUUUGUUUGCAACUUGUUAAAGCCACAGGUCGUGAGCAUGUAGAAAUGCCAGAGGAUUUGAAAUCAUUAAAGGAUCACUUGAAUACGCGGUUAGAAGAAUCUUCUGAAAAUCAUCCUGUGAUACUUAUCUUGGAUUCUUUGGAUCAGUUAUCUGUGGACGAUGGUGGUGUUGAACUUGAAUGGUUGCCAAAGACUUUACCCAGUAAUGUAUAUAUGAUUCUGUCCACAUUACCUGGUGAAAAAUAUGUUUGUUUACCAAAACUACUGAUGCAUUUUCCAAAAACAUCGUUUAAAAAAAUUCCUGCGUUAAGUAAAAUGGAAGCAAGCGGUAUUUUGGACAAAUGGUUUCAUGUUGUGAAACGUUCAUUGACUCAUGAACAACAUCAAAAUGUCUUAGAGAAAUUCAGCAAGUGUUCUCUCCCCUUGUUUUUAAAGUUAGCGUUUGAUGAAGCAUGUCGAUGGAAAUCUUACACUUCAUUUGACGACUUGCAACUUUCGUCUUCCAUUCGAGAAAUAAUUCAUUCACUAUUUGAUCGACUCGAGCGUAUUCACGGCAAAAUAUUGGUUAGUCAUGCAUUAGCUUAUAUCACUGCAAGUAAAAAUGGUCUGACAGCAUCAGAGUUAGAAGAUCUUUUAUCUCUUGAUGAUGAAGUCUUAAAUGAUGUUUAUCAAUACUGGACUCCACCAGUACGACGUCUACCGCCUCUUUUGUGGCUCCGAGUGCGUUCCGAUCUUGGAGAUUAUCUUGUCGAAAGAGGAUCGGACGGGGCUCGUGUAGGUUUCUGGUAUCAUCGUCAAUUUAUCGAAGUCUCUUGUGAACGAUAUCUUCAAGAAGAUAAACUUAAAUUUCACUUCAAUAUGGCGGAGUAUUUCGAAGGCAAGUGGUCAGAUGGUAAGAAAAAACCUUUCAUAAAUAAACAAGGUGAACACUUAGAAAUGGAUCGUUUGGUUGCCCAGCAACCUAUUAUGUAUGAUACAAGUGAAGAUUCGAUCGUGUUUAAUAGCCGGAAGCUUGUUGAGUUACCGUUUCAUCUUAUCAAAAGUGGUCAGUUAAAUAAAUUAAAGGAACUCACUUUAUGUAAUUACGAAUUUUUGCUAGCAAAACUUCGUGCAAUGUCUAGCAGUUUAUUAAUGGACGAUUUUAGAAUGGCAGUUGGUGAUUUUCCUGAUGAUGAAGAACUUCAAAUGCUCUUUGAAACUAUAAGCUUGAGUAUAAAUGCUUUGAAGAUCGAUCCACGACAGCUUUCCUCUCAGCUUAUCGGUCGAAUUUUUAAAGUUCAAGAAAAUAUUUAUCCUUUCAUAGCGAAACUACUUCAACAACUCAAUUGGUCACCUGUCUCAUAUUUUGUUCCUAACAUGAAGUGUCUGACAUCAUCAGGUGGACCGUUACUUCAUGCAAUAUCCGAACAUGACGGGUCAAUGGUAGACUCAUUAUGUCUUGCGCAUGACAACUCAACUGUGAUAACAACAGUUCGUGGAGGUGAAGGUCUGGAAGUUCGUAUUUUUGAUGUUCGUGCUGGAUUAUUAAGAGAAGUUAAUACUUACAGAUCCUUUCCAGAUAUAUAUCAGGUUUGGCAUUCAAUCCUCAGUCGUAGAGAUCAGCAGAAAUUGGUGAUGAUUGGAGGACGCAAUGUACUUGUGUUUGAUCUUAUUAAAGGAGAAAUUAUUCAUCAGAUUCAAGCUUUAAGUGAAGAUGUUCUAUUUAAUCAAACUGGCUACGACAUUCCACCCGUGGCUCUUGGUAAAGAUGAUCAAUAUUUGGUAGCUCUAACUGACAAAGAAAUCAAAAUAUGGAAUAUUGAUACUGCGAAAUUGGAACACGCAAUUCCUGUAGAAAAAGUCGAUACAAAUGCAAAAAUGGGAACUUUGGAUGCAAAAAAGAUCUUCUUGCAUUCUGUAAAAGGAUCUGUUGAUGUUACAGUUCUUAGCAUUACAACUGGAAAGUUUGUGCAAAGCAUAACAUCUUGCAUUAAAAAGAGUCCUGGUGUGGAAAUAAAGAAUAUAAAGUUAACCAACGAAGGAAAAUUGAUUGUUUUAUCAAGUAAUUGCACUGAAUUAAAUAUCUUUGAUGCAAUCACUGGCAAACUUGUGAAAAACGUCACAGGUUUUUCCGCAAAUACUACCAUCAAAGAACUACUUGUUACCAAAGACGGAAAGAAAUUAGUUUGUCAAGAUAAAUACGACCUAGCCAUAUGGAAUAUGGAAACGUGGAAAUGUCGUAAAGUUCUUAAUGAUAUUGCCAAUGUUCAUUCACCAAACGUCAAAACAAACAAUGCAAGAAUAGUCGUUCAUUUCAAUAUAACUGACAACAUCCUUCGUGUUUACGAUGUUUCAAAAGAUAAAGGAAAAGAAACAAAUGUUGAUUCUUCGUCUGUCAAUCAGUGGGUUGUCAACCAGAUUAAUGCUCUUUACAAAAGUGAAGAUGAUCGCCAUUUCAUUACGGUGGGAACAGCUAACUCAGCGUCACAUUUGAAUAUCUGGGAUGUACACCAAGGGAAAAAAGUUCGCGUUUACAAGAAUCUCUCAUUCUAUCCUAGUGUGUUGAAAAUGGUCAGUUCUGCUGUUGGAGUUGCAUAUAUUUACAACCAAACGAUGAAUCAUUAUGCUGUUCUAGAUUUUGUAGCAGGCAAAGUGUUAAGACAACUUGAAGGCAAAGCUUGCAAGAGAAUGUAUAUGAUGGAAAUUCUUGAUGAAAACCGAAUGAUUUCUUUCACUCGAGGUCGUCGCCAUCUUAGAGUAUGGAACAUUCAUACUGGAAGGAUCAUCCGACAAAUUGCUAUUGGUCAAAAACGUCGCUUGGAAGCGUUUCUUUUAAGUGGCGAUAAGAAUGUUAUGGUCAUAGCUCAAGCUGGUUCUUACUCAGGUGAAAUUGAAGAAAAAACCGUACCGUUGAUUGUAUUUAACUUAAAACAAGAAAAACAAUACGAGAUUUGUGAGAAAGAUAUACAACUGAAGAUUGAAAGCAUUGGUUCGUUAAGUAAUUCAAGUAUUUCUCACUUUGGAAGUUAUAUGAUCACUGUAAAUAAUUACACUUCAACGGUCCUUUGGGAUGUAAAAGCUGGGAAACGUUUGCAUUCUUUGUCAAGUGAUGAGUUGACAGGUGCAGUAUACUCAAGUGUUAUUUUAGAAAAUAAAAAGAUUGCAUUAACUUCGUUUACUGGUGCAAAGAAUGGAGUUUAUAUAUGGGACAUACCGAGUGGAAAUCCUAUCAAAGAAAUUGUCACUGUUGUUGCAGUAACUGACAUUAAACCUAGUAGAGAUGGAAGAUUGGUGUUUUGGAGGGAUAUGCAGGGUCCCAAUUUUUUUGUUCACGACUUGGAAAGUGGACGAAAUAUCGCAAGUUUUACUGCAGAUUUACCGAUUGCACCACAAACGUUUAAUGUCAUAAAUGAUUAUGUUGUCAUUGGUUCAACUGGUUCAGUUGAUCCUGUAAUAUUUCAUUUGCGUGAAAACAAUAAAUCUUCAGCUGAAAAUACUGACAAGUCAAUAUUUGAAGCAAAGGAAGAUUUUGAUGAUGUCACUGAAUUCUUUUAUUUUGACUCGACCCAAUUCCCAUCAGAUCCACGUGACAUUGAUAAUGACCAUGAUGACGACGAAGGACAGACAUGCUAAGGAGAGACCAAUUUGUUCAAAUAUAUUAUUAGAAGCAAUGAUAGAAUUUUGAAAUAAUGUUUAAAUUGAAAAUUUUUUAUGUAAAAUGUAGUUACUUCAACUUCCCUACUAACUGAAAAUAGAUACUGAUGUUUAAAGUGGGCGUUUCGAUUUCCAAGGAAACAAGGAAACAAAAGAAAAUAAGAAAUUCUCUGUAAAGAAUCCCACACGAUAUAAAUAAAUGUUUACGACGCAAUUGA